AUGUCGCUAUGGGGUUUGCGAUUUCAUCACACGGCCAAGAUGCCUGAGCCUGUGCGAAAAAAGGCCGUCAGGGAUGGUUUCAAGCAGCUUGACUUUCUUGUCACUCUCCGAAAUCGCGUUAUCGUGUUUGCUUCGUCCAAGGAUGUAUGCUUGUAUGCUUCUUUCGUCCAUUUGCCUCCGGAAACUCCUGAGGAGGCUGAGAGUCUCCGCGACAUCUCAUCGGAUGAAGCCACCACUGAGCACGAGUCUGGCCAAGAUCGAGAGAGUGAUGGCGAGGACCCGUGGGAGGCGCAAGCUGCAGCAAGCGCUAAAGCCGUGGAGGAGGAAGACGCCGCUGACUCGCAAGGCGACACUGGAUCUGAAGAGAACGCCGGAAACACCAACCUAUCCGAUGCUGAGGCCGCCGUGGAUGAGAACUUCAAUCACCAUAUGAAGGUUCUGGCUGCCGCUUUGUCUAGCGCCUCCGCUCCUGCUCAGGCUUCUCCCGUUGACACCACGACAGCGGAGAGUUCGGGAACUACCAACCAGUUUCUUACAAAUGAUCCCGGAAGCAGCGAAGAAGGGAAUGGUCAGUCCUUGGGUCAACCCAUGGACGUUGAACCCUCGUCAAGUGUCAAUACCGAGGGCACCGAUUCAGAGGGCACCAACACAGGUGAUAACCCAGAGGGCAACAGCCCAGAAUCAGAAUGGCUGACGAACACCCCGGGUGCUCCUUACAACAACGGAGUGGCUGGCUCUCCCAACAACGCUGACAACCCUAGCCAGGCUGCUGAGAGUCACGAGACAGCGACUCAGGAAGACGGGGAGGCAGACGCCAACUCUGUCGGGGAAGUUGAAGACCAACCCGUCGGGCCCAACAACCUUCACGUUCCUAUGUAUAGACGACCCAGCACCCUUUUUGACACUCCUCCUACUUGGGCUGACCAGUAUAAAAAGUUCUUUGAUAAGGCCUUUGCGGUCUGGUGUGUGUUUUAUAACACUCGUGCACCCAGACCCCUCCGCCAACGACUCAAAGAUCAGGAUACGCACGAGGCGGCCGUCAAGCGGUAUAAUCUGAUUAACUUGGGACUUUACCCUUGUGUCACCGCUGAACAUCUCCUGGAGCUGAAGCUUCGCAUCGAUGACGCCGCUCACUUCUGUGAUUUCCUGACUGCCAAUAUCAUGGAGAUCGAUCAUGCCAAGGACCAGAGAAAGGAGGCCAUCUACACCUAUCCUGCCAACUCACCGCUUCGACUCCGAACCAAAGGCCUCGGAAGUUCCCUGCGCUACGCGACUCAUGUCGACGAGGGCUGGGAUGACCUGGAGGACAACUGGGGAAUGCCUCCUAUCCCAAAGAAGAGAAGCCCAAUUCAGUUUCACUCAUCACAAAGAAUGUCUUGGUAA